CCCCGCCCCAGCAUGUCCACAGGAUACUUAUCCACACCUCUUGUUCACCAGCCAAUGAAUGAGUAGCCCUCCGAGUAGCCUGGCCACACGUUUCUUAUCCAGUUUGCAGUUCUCCAGAGUCACAACCACUGCUGCAUCAUGUGGGCCCUGGGCUUUCUGCUCCACUUCCUCGCCAUGCAACCAGUGGCACAGGUGGACUCCACGGGUACCUGGUGCUACGACUCCCAAGACCCAAAGUGCGGCCCCACCCACUGGAAGGAGCUAGCACCUGCUUGUGGGGGCCCAGCCCAAUCCCCUAUCAACAUCGACCUUGGUUUGGCCCAGCGGGACUACACUCUCGAGCCCUUCAUCUUUCAAGGCUAUGAUACAGCACCUCUAGACCCUUGGACCCUGGAGAACAAUGGCCAUACAGUGCUAUUACAAGUAAGUUCCGGUCAGCAGAGCUGCCCAGUGAUCCGAGGGGCUGGGCUGCCAUCGCCAGGGUACCGGCUACUGCAGCUGCACUUCCACUGGGGCAGCCCAGGGCACCAAGGCUCAGAGCACAGCCUGGACGAGAAGCAUGGCUCUAUGGAGAUGCACAUGGUCCACGUGAACACCAAGUACCGGGACCUGAGGGAGGCACAAAGCCACCCGGAUGGGCUUGCCGUGCUGGCUGUACUGCUGGUGGAGGAGGACAGGGACAAUACCAAUUUCUCUGCCAUUGUGUCUGGCCUAAAAAACUUAUCUUCACCUGGGGUCUCUGUGAACCUGACGUCCACCUUUCCACUGGCCUCCCUGCUGCCAAGUGCUGCGGGGCUCUUACGCUUCUACCGAUACUCCGGGUCUCUAACCACGCCGGGCUGCGAGCCGGCCGUGCUCUGGACAGUCUUUGAAAACACCGUACCCAUUGGGCGCGCGCAGGUAGCACAGUUCCAGACCAUACCCCAGACUGGGCCACCGGGCUUGCACUCCAGACCGCUCGUGGAUAAUCUCCGCCCUCAGCAACCUCUUGGAGGGCGCAGGGUAUCAGCCUCUCCUGGAGCAUCCCUCCGGUCAUCAGUUUCUCCCCUGCCCUGUUUGCACCUGGCUCUUUUGGGCUUGGGAGUCGGCCUGAGGCUGUGGCAGGGCCUCUAG